UUGCUGCCAGGAUCCGCGCUGUGUCUCCGCGCAGCCCGGAGAUUAGCAUGACACUGUGUGGCCGUCCCGCUUCCUGCGGUGCCAAGGAGCAGCGCGCUAGUCCCCAAGCCGCGAUGGCCCCGCGCGGGGGGCCGAUCGCCGGGUUCCGCAGCCGCCGCGGCCCGUGAGUAGGAGUAUGCCUGCGGCGGGGGACCCACGCGUGUCAGCACGCGCCCCCACCCUCCCGCGCUCCCGCCAGUCUCGGAAGGAGGAAGCUUGAGGCGGCGCCGCGGUCGUCAGCACCCAACGGGGCUCUUCCUGCGUUGUCGCAGCGUCGGUCCCGGUGCUCCCGCGCGCCCCCCGUUCGAGCCUCUGGAAUGAAGACUGCCUCCCGAGGACUGCCGGAAAGGCAGAAGCAGCCAGCGCCGGGGACUGCGGGCCUCGCGGCUGGGAGGUCCGGGGGGACGCGACUCGGACGCUGUCAUCCCCACGCCUCGAGCUGAAGCCUCCUAGUGAGGUUGGGGCUGCUGCCGCCUGGUCAAGCUGCCAAGGCGUGCGAUCCCGGGUCAGCCCCCAGAGGCCUCGGCUUCCUCAUUUGUUUGGGUCUUUUGUGCGGUGGCGCACAGUUGGCUAAGCACUCCUUCGCUGAAUCGGGCCAUUGUCUGCGCUCCCAUUGCUUCCACGCUGCAAGUCUCGGCGCCCCCACCCCGGCCGCCCCCUCCCGGCCGCCGAGCCUCCCAACGUGCCUUCCCCCGCAGGAUUCUGGAAUCUGGGAGCCGGGUGGAUUGCAAAUGAAGUGGAAUGCAUUGUGGAACGAGUGUAGAAUCGGAGCCUUCGCCGUGGGGGUGUGGGGGGGCGUGGGGAGGGCUGGACCUGCCGCUGGCGGUGUAGACACCGACGAGAAGAGGGGCUGGGGAAAAAAAAUGUGCGCAGAGUCCUCCCGGGUCGUGGACGCGGUAGACGGAUGAAGCAGCGCGCUGCGCCCUGGCGCUGAGGCCCCACUAACGGGGCACCAGGGUCGCCCUUCCCCACCAUGAAGAAGACCCGGAGCACAACCUUGCGGCGAGCCUGGCCUAGCUCGGAUUUCUCGGACCGGGCCUCGGACCGAAUGAGAUCCCGCAGCGAGAAGGACUACCGCCUGCACAAGCGCUUCCCCGCGGCCUUCGCGCCCCAGGCUUCUCGGGGCUACAUGACAUCAGGUGAUGUGUCACCAAUCAGUAUGUCCCCCAUCAGUCAAUCUCAGUUUAUUCCACUCGGGGAAAUCCUUUGCUUGGCCAUCUCGGCAAUGAACUCUUCAAGAAAGCCUGUCACCCAAGAAGCCCUCAUGGAACACCUGACUACGUGUUUCCCAGGUGUUCCAACCCCAAGCCAAGAAAUUCUACGGCACACCCUAAAUACGCUGGUACGGGAGAGGAAAAUCUAUCCAACUGCAGAAGGCUAUUUCAUUGUGACCCCACAGACUUACUUCAUUACUCCUUCCCUCAUAAGAACUAACAGUAAGUGGUACCACUUGGACGAGAGGGUACCUGACAGGUCUCAGUGUACCUCUCCACAACCCGGAACCAUAACGCCCUCUGCCUCAGGCUGCGUCAGGGAAAGGACAUUACCCAGAAAGCACUGCGACUCUUGCCACUGCUGCCGAGAGGACGUGCACAGCAUGCAUGCCUCCACUCUGCAGAGGAAGCCCGCCAAGGACUGCAAAGAUCCUUACUGUCCUCCUCCACUAUGCCAGGUGCCACCCACCGAGAAAAGCAAAAGCACCAUCAAUUUCUCCUACAAGACAGAAACUCUCUCAAAACCUAAAGACGGUGAAAAGCAGUCCAAAAAAUUCGGCCUCAAGUUAUUCCGGCUGAGUUUUAAGAAAGACAAGACCAAACAGCUGGCCAAUUUCUCUGCCCAGUUUCCUCCCGAGGAGUGGCCCCUGCGAGACGAGGACACGCCCACGACUAUCCCCCGGGAAGUAGAGAUGGAGAUCAUACGGCGUAUCAACCCGGACUUGACGGUGGAAAAUGUCAUGAGGCACACAGCACUGAUGAAGAAACUUGAAGAAGAAAAAGCUCACCGGAGCAAAGCUGGCUCCUCUGCCCACCAUAGUGGGAGGAGUAAAAAGAGCCGGACUCACCGGAAGUCCCAUGGGAAGUCUCGGUCACACAGCAAGACUCGGGUGUCCAAAGGAGAUCCUUCGGAUGGCUCGCAUCUGGAUAUCCCUGGUGAGCGGGAGUAUGAAUUUUGCGACCCCCUAACCAGGGCCCCCAGAGAGGGCUGCUUCAUCAUUGAACACAAAGGGGACAACUUUAUCAUGCACAGCAACACAAACGUGAUCGAGUCCCAUUUCCCCAUGACGCCAGAGUGGGAUGUGUCUGGCGAACUGGCCAAGAGGAGAACGGAGAUGCCCUUUCCUGAACCUUCCAGGGGAAGCUCCCACUCCAAAGUGCACCGAAGCCACAGCCAUACCCAGGACCGGAGGUCCAGGAACGAGAGAUCCAACAAAGCCAAGGAGAGAUCCAGGUCGAUGGAUAACUCCAAAGGCCCCCUGGGGGCCUCUUCUCUCGGGACUCCGGACGACCUGGCUGAGGGCUGCAGCCAAGAUGACCCGACUCCGAGCCAGUCAUACGUCGAUGACAGUACUUUAAGGCCUGUGCAGACUAUUGGUCAUCAAAGGGCUACUAUUUCCUCUGCCAGCUAUAAAGAAGUGUGCAUUCCAGAAAUAGUUGGUGGCAGCAAGGAACCUUCUAGUGCUUGUAGCCUUUUGGAGCCAGGCAAACCCCCUGAGAGUAUGCCAUCCUAUGGGGAACUCAACCCUUGUCCAGCAAAAACAGCUCUGGAUGACUAUUUUCAGUGCAACACCUCUAGCGAGACCGUGCUUACUGCACCGUCACCUUUGGGGAAGAAUAAGGAGGACCAUGACACUUUGACCUUGGUGGAGGGGGUAAAAAAGCUGUCCCCGUCUGAGAGGCAGACCCCCCAUUCUUCCAGGGAACCUGUUGGGCACAAGGAGGACUCACCGAAAGGGCCAGGUGGGGGCCCUGCUGCCUCCGGUGGUGUGGCCGAGGGGAUGGCCAAUGGCCGCCUUGUCCAACAUCAUAGUGCGGAGCCCAGCAGCCUGGACAAAAGGAAAGAAAUAUUCAGCAAAGACACACUGUUCAAACCUCUACACAGCACUUUGUCUGUAAACAGCUAUCACAAAUCCAGCUUGUCCCUCCUCAAAUCUCACCCGAAGUCACCUGUUGACACACUGCCAGGCCGCUGUGAAAAACUGGAACCUUCCCUUGGGACAUCCGUGGCCCAAGCCAUGCCUACGUCCCAGCGUCAACAGGAGUCUGGAGGGAACCAGGAGGCUUCUUUUGACUAUUACAAUGUCUCUGAUGAUGAUGACUCUGAGGAAGGGGCCAACAAAAACACGGAGGAGGAGAAAAAUCGAGAUGACGUGGGCACCAUGCAGUGGCUCCUUGAGAGGGAGAAGGAAAGAGACUUGCAGAGGAAGUUUGAGAAGAACCUUACCCUCCUCACCCCAAAAGAAACAGAUAGCAGCAGCAACCAGAGAGCCACCCACUCAGCCCGGCUGGACAGCAUGGACAGCAGCAGCAUCACAGUGGACAGUGGAUUCAACUCCCCACGCACUCGGGAGAGCCUGGCUUCGAACACAUCAAGCAUUGUUGAAAGCAACCGCCGUCAGAAUCCUGCUCUGAGUCCAGCCCACGGCGGAGCUGGUCCAACCUUCAACUUCCGUGCAAGUACAGAUCCCCCGGCCAGCGAAGCUGAGAAAUUACAGAAACCUUCCAACUGCUUGCAAGCUUCUGUCACUAGUGUAUGAUUGAUUGUCCUUCUGCCUCAGACCUUCUGUCUCAUUCGAUCCAGCAACGUUUACAACAAUUGGGACUGAUGUUUACAUCCCUGCAAAAACAAACAUCUCAAGUACAGUUUGGGAUUCACUUGAGCUGUGCUGCUAAGUAGGCUAGGGCAAAAAAAAAAAAAAUCUUUAUUUGAGAGUAUUGCUUUUUCACAUUUAUUGGCUCUGUAGCAACCGAAUAGCAGUACGGGGAGAUAUGUGCACUUCCGCUUUACCAUCCGUACCCGAGCACACAUAGGGAAGUCUAGACACUGUAAGUGGACCAUUAAUUCUUUUCAAUGUCAUGCAGUUGCCAAUUCCAUUUUGAAAUGCCACAGAUGUGUGUUGCUCCCAGCCUAUGGGGAAUGGGGUCAUGGAACUAAUCCUUAUCAUCCCUCCCCCCAAAAACGCCAAGCCACCACAAAAUGCAAAUGUAGGGGUGCCCAUCAUGGAAAAAAAAAUAAAUGCCAAACUGAGCAGAAGGGACCCCAGCUUUUUGCGUGUGAGUCCUUUGAGCACCAGUCAUUUUUCACUGUGAGUUUUCAUGACACUCUUGCAGGAGCCCAUGGAAGUGUGUCAGAAAGGGUCCCGAUGGAAGUCCUUAGAGUGUUUGUUUCCACUGUUUUUCAGUGCACUCGAUGCUUGUCUUGAGUUUUUUGGUUUU